AUGCUGAUGAGAUCAUGGCGGAAUCUCGCGCCGCUGCCCCGGUCGCCAGCGGUCCUGCACACGCUCCAGGUCAGUAGGGUCACCAGCUCGGCCACACUUCCCCGAGAGCGCACACACCACGCUUUGGCACUUUCAAGCUGACCUCGGAUCCUUGCUCUGGCUUACAGGAGAAGGUGUAUCAUGACAAGCAGUACCUAGGUGGCUUCAAGAUCCGAGCUAUCAUCCUCAUCGUUCUCAACGGUGGGUGAGUUGCGAAUCUCAUCUGCUCUGAUUCAAUCGAAACCUCCAGGCGUACUCCUUAUCGUCCCCUGUCCCCUGCUAAAUCGAGAUUGUCGAGGCCCCUGCGCUACCAAUAACAGGGUCAUCAUGCUUUCCAUCGCUUACAUGGUCGUGCUCGAGCUGCAGAGGUGUAAUUCAAACCCUCCUCAGCGGCGGUGGAUGUACCAAUACGUAAGUUGAGCAAUGGGCAGCCUUGGGACAGUGGUACUAGCGAAACUAGCGAAGCAGUUGGCUGUCGCAUCGGUGCGGUGCUCAUUCACCUGCGAGCGCUCUGCUCUGCAACAGAUUCGCCGUCCAACAGGGGAGAUCCUCGUCAUCAACUCGAGGCUCGUCAUCGCAUUCAUGGGAGUCAUCUCGGCCGGCGGGUGGAUAUGGAUCGUCGUCGAAUCCAUGUUACUCUUCAUUCAGCAUCGACCUCUCGGCCCAAGCCUCGUCGCACGCGCUUUUAUUAGCUGUUUAAUCUUCUUGCACGGAUGGGUAGCGGUCUGGUCCGUGUUCACAACAUACGUCCUCACGAACCAACCGGAUAGAACGACAUUCCUUUCGAGUAUACCUGCCGUCAUCUUCAACGCCUCGUUCAUUGGGAGUUCGCUUGCCAUGCUUUUGGGAUGCAUCGUCAGUGCCCUUCCGCGGAAUGUACAGAUUUGUGAAGCCAAUCUCAUUGAUCCUCUGAGCUACCUAUUACCUGACAGGCAACAGGAGUGUGGAAUCUUCGCGUCUCGUACCAGUUCUGGGGCUCGUUCAUUGACUUGGAGUCCUUUCUCAUCCGAGCCCUCGAUACGUUUCCCAACAACGCACCUGAUGCCAGCGUCGAGCUUGCAAAGAAAUCGCUCGGGAUGAGUGAAGCCACGAAUCGGUUCCUCUCCGUCACGGAAUGGACGUAUGGGAUACUAUGCAUCCCCGCCUUUACCACGGUACUCUUCAGUCUGACCGGCCUGCUCUUGGCGCGUGAUCUCGGGAAACACAUCCGCCACAGCAAGAAAUCACUCGCGCGGAACAUGAGCAUACCAGGUGCAAGAUCAGUAGCUUCUUGUUGUCGGCCGGAAGCUCCGUGGAUGCUCCUCGAAGGCGACAACAUAAAAGAGUCGGAAAACGAAUCACCUACUUGCUCGUCGAAACAUGUCAUCUUCACCGCCGAAGAACUUCGAAGGAUCGCCAAAUCGGACAGCAUCCACGGGACACGUGCAAGAACGAUCGCACUCGUGACCAAAGCACGCUCCGAGCUCCUACUCGUAUCGGCUUGCGUCGGCGUCAACGCGGCCGCCUUGAUCGCGAUCAUGACCUAUGUCGCGACGAUGUGUGGCAAUGGACAACUCAAGCGCGGUUCCUGGGUCGCGACAGAAGUUUCGGCGAUGGGUGCUGCUUGGGUCUGUAGUAUCUGCCUCAGUGUGGCGACGGUCGCUCUGAUCUACAACAACUGGGUUCAUCGAGGGGCGACAAGCCUGCUCGGCUUGUCUCAGAACAUCCUUGAAGGGGACGAGCUUAAUCCGAAACAGGGCGACACGCUCUAUAAUCCGUCGGCGGUUGCUGUCCUCCUCGAGGACCUACGCCCUACCGAAAGACCACUUCGGGAGGACAAGUUACAAGCGCACCAUAGCUUAUCGAUGAGAGAUGCACACUCUCCGUCAAAGACCUUUGCCUUGCCGCCACUGGAGUUGUGA